CGGAGCUACAAGGGCUGGGGCAAAUCCUCAAAUGGAGCCAGCUGCUCCCAAGUCCUGCGCAUCAGGAAUGACCUCCCGCUGGGUCAUGCAGUUACUGCUCUUGGCAGCCUGGAGUGUGGGCUCUGGUGAGAGCUUCAGGUGCUACUCCUGCGACCGGCCCACACCCGUUCAUUUGUGCAAGAACAUCAGUUACUGCACUCUGGAGGACACAGCCUGCAAGACCACCCUGGAGAAGGUGGAGGCAGAAUACCCCUUCAACCAGAGCCCCAUGGUGACCCGCUCCUGCUCCACCUCCUGCCUGGCCACUGACCCUGACAGCAUUGGGGUUGCCCAUCCUGUCUUCUGCUGCUUCCGUGACCUCUGCAACACAGGGGAGGUAUCUGGGAUUUAGCUGUUCUGGGGGCCAUGCCCAUCGGACCCCUUUUGCAACAGGGCCUGGCACUGCCUGUGGUCACCUCUGCCUGUCUCUAUAACUGGACCUCCUUGGGCCUCAGGCCACUUACUCUACCCCCAAGCUUGUAAAAAAUAAACCAACCAUGAGUAGGGACAA